CAGGUAGGGACACUUGAGGCUCAUGUUCGUCGGGUCACCACAGAGAAACUAGAAACAGAGGAGAUAUACGAGAGAAAUCUGUCUGGGUUCAGCUCAAAGGUAGCAACACUUCAAAAUGAACUAGAUCGCCUCACUGAAGCAAAACAGUAUGAAGAAGAGAAGAAUGCGACCAACGUGUCAAAUCUCAAGUCAACUGUACAUCACGUCACUUCACAAACAAAUAGAUAGGCUCGCAACUGAGAAAGAGAAAAUAGAUGAGAUGAAUGUCACACAAAUGUCUGACCUCCAGUCAAGAAUAGCAACAAUCCAGCUUAAAGUCGAUCUGGCCGUUAGGGAAGAACAGCAAGCAGCAGACAGGUUUAAGGCACAAGUAUCUUUAUUCAAGACAAAGUUUAAGCAAUUGAACACGAUGUAUGAGCAACUUCGUCGAACAUUCAAGCAGGAACUAAUCCGGACAGAGCAAGGUGUCUCAACUGCUGAUAUCCGAAUGGCAGAAAGGAAACAGCAAAUUCUAGAUCUUUCAGAAAAGUUAGAGGUAUGCAAUGACCGAUUGAAAACUGUUCAAAAGAAAGAAGCCGCUCUCAAAAAAGAAUUUAAGCUUCUGAAAGCUGAGUGCAAGGAAUUACAAAAGACACAAAAGAUUUUGGUAACCACCGAGGAAAAACUUAGGCAACGUAUGCAAGAAUGUGAGCAAGUACAGGACAACGCGGAAAUGGAAAUUUUGAAGCUAACGCGCGAUGAGGAGGAUCACGCUGCAAAACUUGAAUCCCUCAAACAGGAAAUUGGAGAACUUCAGAAUCUUGUGGCUGAUAUAAAGAACAAAAUACAAGUCAAAGAUUCUGUAAUUGAACCCUUACUACAGAAACUUGCACCAUAUCGAGGAAGUGGGAUAGAGAGAAUGCAGGUGAGUAGCGAAUAG